AUGAGAGAAGAUAGAGCUGAUUUGGACCAAGGAUUGGGAUGGAUCACGUUCUUGGCUAAGGGAGAGAAGAGAAUGGUGACCUUUAGGCAGCUGGAGAUCUUGUUUGGGUUCAACUAUGGAGAGGGAACCAAGUGGAACUUCAAGGAAAAGGAACUCCAAAGGGUUUGGGCUACAAUCGCUGAUGGAGUGUACUCUUCCUCAAGGUCCAAGGCAGCUCAGAUCAGGAGCCCAGUCUUGAGAUAUGUGCACAAGGCACUUGCCAACACCUUCUUUGCAAGGAAGGCAACCGGGACAAUCAACGAGGGGAACUCAAGUUUCUUGACAUGGGAAUCAAGCCCUUCUCUCACGCACAAGCGAUGGCAAGAGGAUCAGGGGAGAUAG